ACCCGAGCCAUCAGCAGCGCGCACGUAAUACCAUCCGUACAAGUAUAUAAUUAUACGAGCGCAUGGUCAUCAGAGAGUCACGAAUCGGAAGUCGGAGGAGCCGAAUAUAGCUACGAAAAAAGAGGAAGAAAAGAAAGGAGACAUCAGACGGGAAAAAAAAGGAUGCCAGGGCCAGGAGGAGGAGGAGGCCACGAGAGCUUCCGGCGAUAGCGGCGACGAGCCGAAGAGGUCCGCGUAUACAUAUAGGUACACAGGCGAUGCGCCCGACGAGAGUAUAGUCGAGAAUGACAGGAGGCCGGGAAGAUGCGCGCGGUAAGAUCGAGUAGACGAGGACGGCCUCCGAGCUGCUGAUACGUGUACCGUUGGCGAAAUUUCUCGUGCCCUCCGUGCACAAAUGGACCGAGGUAUGUCGAUUCGCGUGAGCAACGUGUACCUGGUGCCGGGUAACAACGGCGGUGGCAACAACAACGAGGCCAACAACAGCGACAAGUCGCCGACGAUAGGCGACGGCAACAACGACUCCACGGCCCAGAUGUUGAACAAUCAGUUGCGCAACAGCCAGUACCACCAUCAUCACCACCAUCACCACCAGAGCACGAAAACGGUGACCAUAGUUGCCACGGCGCCCCAGCGGAGCAACAGCCUGGAUUACCUCAACUUUGAGGAGAAGAGGCAGCUCAUCGCCUCGUCGCUGUCGCUCAGCGAUUUUUUGGCCCACGGGCCGGCCGCAGCUGCCGCGGCUGCUGCCAAGGAGGUCGCCGCCAGCACUGUUGUCAUUGCAAAAAAGCAAAAUGGAGCAGCACUGCGAACAAACAGUCUGGGCUCCGGCACGCGGACGCCACCGCUCGAGAGGAAGAGCAAGUUUUCAGCGUUCGGUAGACUCUUCAAGCCGUGGAAGUGGAAACGGAAAAAGAAAUCAGACAAAUUUGAGGCCGCGUCAAGGUCUCUCGAAAGGAAAAUCUCUGUUCGCGCAAACAGAGAUGAGCUUGUACAAAAAGGAAUAUUACUGCCCGAAAGCCCCUCGUCGCCCAUUUCCGAAAACAGUCCAUCAGGCGACACGCCACUUUCCCAAAAGCCCCCGACGCCUCAGCAGCAGCAAGCUCAUCACCACCACCAGCUGCAGCAACAGCUCGCCCAGCAGCUGCAGCAACAGCACCAACAUCAGCAAUCCGGCGGUGGGGGUAUGCCCGCGGCAACGCCAACAUCGCAGCAACAAUUAUCGUUUCAGCAAACGCAACAACAAUCGCAGCACCAGCAGCAGUCGCAGCAACAGCAGCCAUCGUCGGCAACGCCGACACCUACCAGUGCCAACCCACCGGGUAGCAAUCGAAGCUCGCCCCAUCCGUCGCCCCUUUACCCGGGGAUGCCCCAGCUGAAUCAGAGCAACGGUAACUCUCAAGAGCCGAAGAAGGACAAGAGCGAGCCGAGCGGUGGAAGCGGCGCCGGCAGUGGCGAGCAGCAUUACCAGCAGUCCUCGGACCCGAGCAGCUGCAACAAGCCAAACAGGCCCAACACCUUGGACACCGGGGGCCGCUUGGGUAGCAAUCGUCGGCUCAACCCCGCCCGCGGCUACUGCCCACCGCCCCGCGUCCUCGUUAACGACCGCAAGGUCCCUGGACCACCCUUUGACGAUCCCUCGGCAGCGGAAAAGGGUGUGCUUCACUCGGGUGGGGACGAUCACCAGCAGCAACAGCAACAGCAGGUGAUCGAACGAUGCUACCCGCAGAACUUGAUGCUGUCGGAGCUGCCGGAGCCACCGAUUCCGCUGAGCGAAAUUGGCCCGAUCCCACCCCCGCCCAUGUUCAGCUCGCCCAGCCCGACCCUCCUGAUCCGGCAGCGGCAGCAACAGCAGCAACAGCAGGUGCCGCUACUCGACUGCGAGGAUGACGAUGACGAGGACAUCGAUGUCGACGACGAAGACAUGUACGGGAUCGACACGACGCGCGUCGAGGAGAUACCGGCCAAGGAGCCCAAGUUCCACGCGAUGCCGCUCAAAAGCGCGCUCAAGAAAAAAGGCGGCAGCGGCCCGGGCACGCCCCAGAGCACCCCCACCCAGGAGAUCAGGCCGCUCACGCUGCGCCAGGAGCUCCACGCGUCCUUCAAAAGGCCUCCUUUAAGGUCUAGGAUGAAAAUAUGUAGCCGACCCGUGAGAUUUGGCCUGGCGCUGCACAGCACCAUCGAGAACAAGGAGAACGCGAGGCCCAACAGCAUCCGCGAGGACACGGAGUCGGACGCGAACGACGGCCACGUGAUAUACCGGGACGACUACAACGACGAGCAGAGUCGACUCGCGGCUAAGAUAGCGAGGAAGGAGUCGCUGAAUCUUAAGCUGCAGCUUCGUCCCUCGCACCAGGAGCUGAUCAAUCGGAACAUCCUUCAGGUACAGUCGGAAAAUGAGAGGCAAGAGACCAAGGAGGCGAUCGGCGCGAGGCUCAUCAGGCGGCUGAGCAUGCGGCCAACUCAGGAGGAGCUCGAGGAACGAAACAUCUUAAAAAAACAAAGCCCGGCCGAAGAGAAGAAGCAGAAGGAGGAGAAGAAGCGCUACCUCCUGCGGAAACUCAGCUUCCGGCCGACCGUGGACGAACUCAAGGAGAAAAAGAUCAUCAGGUUCAAUGACUACAUCGAGGUGACGCAGGCGCACGACUACGACAGGCGAGCCGACAAGCCCUGGACGCGACUGACCCCGAAGGACAAGGCUGCCAUAAGAAAGGAGCUCAACGAGUUCAAGAGCAUGGAAAUGGCCGUUCACGAGGACAGCCGUCACCUCACCAGGUUCCAUAAACCAUGACAAUUGCAAUGUGUAGAGUUGAUAGAGUGUGAUGAUGGUGCAGUUAACGAAUGUAACGUGGGUGCUGUGCCGUUGUGGUGCGACAUUGGCGGCCGCGCGUCUCAACGCCGUCGACACGGAGCCGGGGUCUCGUACUCGCCCGCUGCCGCGUGAGGGGACAGCAUCGUGGUGCAACGCACUCGUUUUGGUAUCACAACUGGUUGUCCGGAUGGAGGACGGCGUCGAUGGUUUUGCGGAUGAAGGAAGAAGCAGGAUUUUGCUUUGCGCGUCCCGUGAGACUGUACCGAUCGGUGGACGAGGGAACGAGCACGGCGUUGUUGUACACGCAGGCACGCACCACCCGUAACAAUACUAUUAUACAUACACACAUACACCUACCCGCAGGUUUCAAGUGCGGCAGCUCGAUUGUGAUAUAGAGUGCGGAAGAGCUCGCUGACGCUAAGCUUCCCACUCUGCAACUGAUUUCUUCUUUAUUCGCUCUUCUUUGUUUUAGCUCGUUUUUUUUAAACUCUGCUUGACUCUUUUUAUUUUCCAUAGCCGUCAUUUUUUACAAACUCGUUCGUGCGUUUUUAUCUCGGGUUUGAUGCACGACAUGUGUACGUCUCUCUCUCUUUUUUUUUUUUUUUUUUUUUUUUUUUCUUUUUUCUUGCGGUGCACCGCGCCUUUUUUGCGGAUCGGCGACAGAAUUAGACACGUAUAGGGGAGGAAAACAACAAAAUGUCGUUCAAGAGCUUGCAAUAUUCGUGCUGUUCGUUGUCUUGUGAAUGCUCAUUAUGUAACGAUUUUCAAAGCGAGCCAAAGCUUUUCUACAUGUCUCUGUACGAAUCAACAAGCGAUUUGUUUCACGAUUCUAGUAUUAUCGUUGUUUGAAAUACUCAUCAAAAUUUGUAAUGUAUCAUAUUGGUACGUUUAUCAAAGAAAACGUAAUAUUUUUUUCAAGGUGCGCACAGAAAGAAAACCGUCUAAAUUGCACAACUGGUAUUAAAAUCAUGUAAUCGACGAAGGUGGCCUUGGUGGCGCCGAGAAAUCAAUUUCAUUUCGAUUGCGGCAAUCUCGACAUCGAUUCGAAACUAAGCUGCGCACAAUACGCGGGAUAACGCGUCCACCGCUGCAUUGGCAAUACUUAUCAAGUUAAAUUAACGAGCAAUCAAUCGAGCGGGACUCUCAGAUGGCUGAAUAUUGUAAAACAAGAGAGAAAACCCGCACGUUUUGGGCUACUGCGAUGUGUUGUUCUGUACGUCGAAGAGCAUGAGAUGUUGUGUUCGAUAAAAUCUGCUGCGCUACGUUUGAAAAGAAAGUCGUGCAAAGUUUCCGCGCUGCGUAGGAUUUUUUGGAGAAUCCUUGGCAAGAAAUCAUUUUUGUGUGACUGCGAGUAGUCAUCAGAAGAUAUAAAAAAAAAAAAAAAAAAA